ACGCCACGUCUCCUGCGCAGCCUCCAUUAGCCUCCUGGAGCUCCGCGGGUUCCUCACGGCUCUCACGGGUCCCACAGCCGAGCAGAGGGACGCACCGAGCGGACACAGAGCCACCGGCACCAGACACUCUCCGGGGACAAUAUGGGCUGUCUACGUCUGCUGGCACUGACUUUGGCCACAUCAGCUUUACUACUGUUAGCCUCCCGUUCAACAUUCGCUCACAGUCACUCCCAUGGCGACCACGACCAUGGCCACCAUCACCACGGCCACAGCCACGGAGAAGAUGAUCACCAUGGACACUCUCACGGCGAACAGGUGAAGAUGUUCCACGGAGCAAGCAAGUGGAGCGCACAGGCUAACGUGCCUGAGGACGACCAUGGACAUGGACAUGGACACGCCCAUGGACAUGACCACGGACAUGACCAUGGACACGCCCACGACCACGGACACGCUCAUCAUGAAGAAGUUGUCCGCGUGCACAAGGAGGAGCGGGUGAAGAGGGAGGUCGACGGAGAGAAGAGGGACACGAUGGAGCUCUGGACGCAGGCGAUCGGCGCUACGCUGCUGAUCAGCGCGGCUCCGUUCUUCAUCCUGUUCCUGAUCCCAGUCCAGUCCAACAGCGACCAGCACCAGAACCUGCUCAAGGUGCUGCUCAGCUUUGCCUCCGGCGGACUACUGGGCGACGCCUUCCUUCACCUCAUCCCUCACGCUCUGGAGCCUCACUCUCAUCAUGAAGACGGAGAAGAAGAUCACGGACACUCGCAUGCAAGUGAAGAGUCACAUGACCAUGGUCACUCCCACGGAGCUGCACACGACCACAUGAUGUCGGUGGGUUUGUGGGUCCUCGGUGGGAUCAUCGCCUUCCUGGUUGUAGAGAAAUUUGUGCGUCUGCUGAAGGGAGGGAACGGCCACGGACAUUCCCACAGCCACUCACCUGCUGCUGCCAAGGAAAAGGACAGCGAUGGAGAGGAAGACAAGGACGAGAAGAAGAAAGGGAAAGGAAGCAAAGACAAGAAGGUGGCGACGAAAGAGGAAGUGAUCCCAGACAUCAAAGUGUCGGCCUACCUGAACCUGGCAGCCGACUUCACACACAACUUCACAGACGGCCUGGCCAUCGGAGCCUCAUUCCUGGUGAGUCCAGCAGUGGGCGCUGUCACCACUCUCACCAUCCUGCUGCACGAGGUCCCACAUGAGAUCGGGGACUUCGCCAUCCUCGUCCAGUCUGGCUGCACCAAAAAAAAGGCCAUGUGUCUACAGCUGUUGACGGCCUUGGGAGCCUUGGCUGGCACAGCUUGCUCCCUAUUGGCCGAAGGCGUGGGCGCCGCGGCGACCGCCUGGAUCCUGCCAUUCACGGCCGGAGGGUUUGUUUACAUCGCCACGGUGACGGUGCUCCCGGAGCUGCUGGCGGGCCGCUCCAGUUUCGGCCAAUCCCUGUUGGAGAUUCUGGCGCUGCUGUUCGGCGUGGGCAUGAUGGUCCUGAUCGCAGAGUACGAGUGAGACGCAGCAGAGACGACUUCUCGCCGAGUGAGACAGGAAGUGACGGACCAGAGGGACGGACAGGGCAAAGGUCAAAGAGGUGGAAAAGGCGCUUUUAAGUAGGAUUCAGGUGGAUUAUUUUUGUAAGGGUGUUUUUUCUUGUGUUCGAUUUAGGACCAAACGCCCCCCCCCCCCCGUUGAGGGCAUAUGGGUGAAUUUUGUUGUCCUGUGUUAGUUUGUUUUUUAGCAGUUCACGGUCACAUCCCUGUUUUUUUUUUUACUGUUUUUUUUUUGAGAGGAAAAGAAUUUGUGUCGUGAAAACAGAUCCGCUGUGGAGACUGAGACUGAGUGACUGGUGGAAACGCUUGUGUUGCUCGCUGGGGGCCUUCAUCAGGACAGGAGGCGGAGUCUGUCCGUCCAUCGGCCCCCAAAAUCCACUCGACACUUUGGCGACAUGGAUCAUCGACCGUGUGACUGCGGCUUUAAUUCCCUCCAACAGUGGCUUAACGUCAAAUCAUUUCACAGCCAAAACAAUGAAAAUAUAUCUGUCAUUUAACAAGCGGCUGCUCCUUCAAUCCACUUUUCAGAGUUGGUUCGAUGAAACAAGAGAAAGCUCAGUUAUACAUGUUGAUAUAUGAAUGUUGAUAUUUUUCCAUUCCACAAAAUACAAAUAAAUGUGGCUUCUACCGAUGUGCUCAUAAUGUCGACAUAUUGACUCGUAAAUCAUUUAGAUUUUAAUUUUGCUUUAACUUUAAACAUUCCUAAUUCUAUUUUCUUCUAAAUGACACAAACUCCCAAUAAAGCUUUAAAAUCUUCUCAGUGA